AUGGUGCUGCGAUUGUUUAUUCCGCCUGGCGAGGGCCAGCACUACAUUGUCCCGAAGAGGCCGGAUCCUCUGGGCGCAAACGCGACACUCCAGUACGCUGUCGUUUCCUCGACAGUCGCCGCCGCGGGCCAUGCGACCUUCGCUGCGCGGUACACGCGGCGGGUCAUGCCGAACAAGAAGGUCUCGGGCACUGUGCUGUUCGUGAGGUCGUCGGGGAGACUGGGGCUAUGGGCAAUCGGGGUGGCCGCAGCUGCCAAUGCAUAUUAUCAUAAGAGCUUCACGACUAUUGUGGUUUCGCAGGAGGUUAGACGCCCCACGCCGCCUAAGCUAUACGAGAAGACGGAGCAAUACACCGUCGAAGAUGGGUGUUUGGCCGGAGCAGCAGCGGGCUUUGUAGCCUUCCUACCCACGCUAUUCAUGCGGAGACCAACCGUAUCGUGGUGGACGCGCAUGAUAGGCAUGACCAACAUCGGCGCAUGUACUGGAGUUCUAUUAUCGCACGCAUACUUCCAAUACACCGGCGAGCGCCCAAAAGCAAUGGAAGAGCUAGAGCGCCAGCGUCGAAGACGCAUGUUAGAGUUCCACCACAUCUUCUGGGACAAGAUGCUUAUGCAGAACUUUGAUCCUCUCAUUCAAGGCUACAUCCGCCACAACGGCGUCUUCCGCGCCUACAACCUCCCCGCCGAAGUCUACGACACCCCCGAGAAAUUCGGCCUCCCCUCCGUUCCCGCUCCCACAGCAGAUACUAGCACCACCACAGACCCUGCCGCACCCGAAAACGCUGCAUACUACAUCCCCGCGCCAGACUGGACCCAGCACCUCCAGGCACUAAAUGCCGCCUCCAUCCAGUCCGAAAUCGACGACUGCGUCCGCGAAAAAAACGCUCUCCUCCGAGAAGCAGAAUUCGUCGCCUAUCACCUCUCCCAGAAACAAUACGCCUAUGUGCACUCAGAGCACCCCGACGAAGCCGACAAGCAGACCCGCAUCCGCGAGCUGCAGCUUCUGACCAUCGCGUACAACCGCAUCCGCGCGAACGCGGACGAGGCCGACCGCCGCAUCUUCGCCGGCGAACACUGGCUCCGACAAACGGCGGCGUUUGAGGCGCAGGCGCCGCGAGAGGCGUGGCUCGCGGACCAUCCGUCUGUGCCUGAUACGGAGAGCCACGAUCCUAGUCUUACCAUUGCGGAGUUGAAGAAGUUGGAAGAGCAGUUCAAGAAUGAGGUCAAUGUGUUUGAGAGCAGAGUCAGGAGUCAGGCGCAGGAAGAUGUGGAGAGGCGGGAGAAAUGGAUCAAGGAUUUGGAGGAUGCGAGGACGAUGUUGAGGGCUGUGGAUUGUAUUAGCUGGGAGCUGGAGAAGCAGGUGCCGAAGAGGAAGGUUGAACAAAAAGUAGAAGAGAAGGUUGCGAGGAAGGUAGAACCCAGGGAAGGAGAGGAAUUGACGAAAGCGGAAGAAGCGGCGCAGCUGGGUGCCGAGGAGAAGAAGAAGAAGGUGGAAGACCCGCCUGAGGGUUUAAGUCGCGAGAAGCCGUAA